GGAGAGGGAGGAAGUUAUGGCAAUCUCGGCAACGCUUAUCAAGGUCUACGAAAGUUCAAAACAGCUAUCGAUUGCUAUCAACGUGAUUUAGAAAUUGCUAAAGAAGUGGGAGACAAGGCCGGAGAGGGAAUAAGUUAUGGCAAUCUCGGCAUUGCUUAUUGCACUCUAAGACAAUUCAAAACAGCAAUCGAGUUCCAUCAACGUCAUCUAGAAAUUGCUAAAGAAGUGGGAGACAAGGCCGAAGAGGGACGAAGUUAUUGCCUUCUCGGCGGGAUUCAUCUCCGUCAAAGAGAGUCGAAAACGGCAAUUGAGUGUUAUCAACGUCACCUAGAAAUAUCCAAAGAAGUGGGAGAUAAGACUGGAGAGGCGUGCUCACUCUGUUCCCUUGGAGUCAGUUUUGAGUACCAAGGAGAUCUCAUGAGAGCCUUUGACUAUUAUUACUCUAGUGUAGAAUUGUAUGAUGAUAUCAGGGCCAGUCUUCAACUCAACGAUCAGUGGAAGAUUUGUUAUCGUAAUCAGCACAAAGCAGCAUACAAAGGUUUGUGGCGUAUAAAUCUCAGUCGAGGUCAAGUUGUGAAGGCUCUUCUUGCCAUAGAGAAGGGACGUGCUCAAGCUCUGAGAGAUCUCAUGGUCACAAAAUAUCAGCCUGGAGAUUCUUUAACGCCCAGCGCAUCCCGCAUUUCUCUGAGGUGGGUUCCAUUGAGCACAGUUUUCAUAGCCAUUAAUGGACCAUGCGUUAACUUCUGGGUUUGCCUCAGUGAAAAUAAUAUCCAGAUGAGGCAAGUACACGUCAACAAUUAUAAGUUUGAGAAUGAAUUGGAAGUUUUCAUCCAGCACCUGAACAAAACUGCUCUUAAGGAAAUCGGUGCAAAACGUACUAUUACAAUCGAAAAUCCUCCGCUUGACUCGCUGACAGAAGAGGAGGUGGCCAAUGAUGUGAUCCGAGUUAAUGUGAGGCACUCCCAGUCAAGUGCCUUAAAGAAACUGCAUGACAUCAUCGUUACUCCUAUUGCUGACCUGAUCGAGGGCAACGACGAGAUCACAUUCGUUCCUGAGGGGCCAUUUAGCCUUGUACCUUUUGCAGCGUUGCGGGACUCCAACUCAUCAUAUCUAAGUGAUUCUUUCAGAAUUCGUGUGCUUCCCUCUCUGACGACCUUGCAACUAAUUCAUGAUUCUCCAGCUGACUUUCACGUGAAGACUGGUGCAUUGCUUGUCGGCGACCCAUGUUUCAAACAUAUCAUCUAUGAGGGAGGACUUUUGGUGCAACUUCCGGGAGCAAGGAAAGAAGUGGAGAUGAUCGGACGUAUCUUCAAUGUUUCCCCUCUCACUGGAGAAAUGGCAACAAAAGUUGAAGUGUUAAAACGAAUAUCAUCAGUGGCGUUAGUUCAUAUAGCAGCGCACGGUAAAAUGGAAACUGGAGAAGUUAUCCUGGCACCAAACACCACAAGAGAUAACCCUCAGCCGCAAGAGAGAGACUAUCUACUGACCAUGAAAGAUGUCAUACAAGCUGAGUUGCGGGCACGUCUGGUUGUACUUAGCUGCUGUCACACUGCUCGUGGGGAGGUCAUG